AUGUAUGUAGCAGAUUCUGGAAACGCGAGAAUUCAAUUAUUUAAACCAGGACAAUCAAACGCAACAACCAUAGCAGGAACUGGAGCACCAGAAACAUUCACAUUCAAGAAACCGAUAGCAGUUAUACUUGAUUCUGAUGGAUAUUUAUUUAUAGCAGAUUUCGAUGGUCAUUGUAUUAUAAGAUCAGCAAGAUCAGGAUUUUAUUGUUUAUUUGGAUGUACAUAUCAUCCAGGUACAGCGUCGAAUCAAUUACAUAGUCCCCAGAGUCUCAGUUUUGAUAGCUAUGGAAACCUUUAUGUUGCCGAUUCUGAAAAUCAUCGAAUUCAAAAAUUUAUUCUGCGAACAAAUUCAUGCGAUAUUUCUUACAAUCUACCGAAAUUUUGUUCAAAUGCAACAUGGAAUCCUAACGCUAUAACUGUUGGGGAUAGUAUCAGUAUUGGUAUAUAUCCCCAAGGUCUCUUUAUCAAUAAUAACAACACUGUUUAUAUGUCUGCAACAAGCUCUAAUAAUAUUUUAGUAUGGUUAGAAGGAAAUGCGAGUCCACAAACAUAUAAUUCUCCUGAUAUAAGUGAUCCAGGUGCUAUAUUUGUCACUGUUAACGGUGCUGUUUAUGUUUAUAACAAUGGGAUUAAUGGUAGCAUAAACACAUGGGUACAUAAUGGAGCAGGUGGUAGUACUCCUGCCAUGCUUGUUAAUAGUACUUGUAACGGUAUUUUUGUCGACAUCGAAGACAAUAUUUAUUGUUCUAUGAGUGAUUUUCAUACAGUACUAUUAUUCAAUAAUGGUACAUAUACAUCACUUAUUAUCGCAGGUAACGGUUCUGCUGGAUCCGGACCAUAUAUGCUGAAUACUCCUCGAGGAAUCUUUGUUGAUAUUAAUCUCAAUUUGUACAUAGCAGAUUGUCGAAACAAUAGAGUACAAUUACUACAAGGGGAAUAUCCAAACAUGAGAACCGUAGUAGGAAAUGGAUCGAAUGAAAUAAUUACAUUCGAUUGUCCAACUAGUGUUAUACUUGAUGCUGAUGGAUAUUUAUUUAUUUUGGAUUCUAAUAAUCAACGUAUAGUUGGAUCAAAUGCUGAUGGUUAUCGAUGUAUAGUAGGAUGUAUAAAUGGACUUAUUCCAAUAUUAGAUGAAUUAUAUCAACCUUGGAGUCUUAGUUUUGAUAGUUAUGGAAAUAUUUAUGUUGAUGAUUUUGGAAAUUCACGGUUACAAAAAUUUCUUUUUAUAAGUAAUUCUUGCGAUGAAGUUAUAGUCUAUAAUGAUACACUGACAUCAACUACAAAUCUAAACAUAACAACAACUACUUCCUAUCAAAAUGGUGGACAAUCCACAUCUUCAAUUUUUUUACCUACUUGUCUAACACCUUUAUCUAUCAAUUCUAAUUGUAAUACAUCCGCGUCAAUAUGUGAUAUUCGUCAACCUUGUCAAAAUAAUAGUACUUGUAUUAAUGAUAAUACUACUAUUCGGGGUUAUAAUUGCAAUUGUCUAUCUGGUUUUAACGGUACAGAAUGUCAAUAUGAUUACCGAAUUUGUCAAUUACGUACUUGUUCAUAUAAUGGCAUAUGUUAUCAAUUAUCAAAUACAACAUUUACUUGUAGUUGUAACGAAGGAUGGCAAGGUGUACAUUGUGGAAUAAAAAUCAAUUAUUGUGAAAAUAUAACAUGUUAUAAUCAAGGUGUUUGUCAAUCAUUAUCAUCGAAUUAUACAUGUCUUUGUGAGAAUGCAUCCUAUUCCGCGAUGUUGAACAUUGGAGGAAUCAGUUCCGCACCGGAAUCGAUUCCGUCCAAUUCCGGGAACUCGAUAGACACACAACAUAAGACACCCAGUCAAGAUUGA